AUGCGGAACUGGAUCGUGUCGCGGUGCAGGGCCGGCGUGCCUUCCUCGCUGCUGCUGCUCCGCCUGCAGCCCCUCCUGCCUCUGUCUCCUCCUGCUCUCCCUCUUCCUCUCGCAACUCUCGCUCGUCACUUCUGCCACCAGCCCCCGGUCGCCAUGGCUGCUCAGCUCGACAAGAAUGUCCCCCAGUGGACUGCAAAUCGCGUGCGAGACACCUUUAUCGCAUAUUUCAAGGACAGAAAGCAUACUUUUGUCCCCUCGUCUUCGGUCGUGCCCCUCUCUGACCCGACCCUGCUGUUCGCCAAUGCGGGCAUGAACCAGUACAAGUCGAUCUUCUUGGGUACUGUCGAUCCGCAGUCGGAUUUUGCCCAGUUGAAGCGUGCCGUCAACUCCCAAAAGGUGUGUAUUCGCGCAGGUGGCAAACAUAAUGAUCUUGACGAUGUCGGCAAAGACAACUACCACCAUACCUUUUUUGAAAUGCUCGGCAACUGGAGCUUUGGCGACUACUUCAAGGAAGAAGCAAUUGGCUUUUCCUGGGAGCUGCUGACCAAAGUGUUCAGCCUCGAUCCAAACCGCCUCUACGUGACCUAUUUCGAAGGAGACAAGAACGGCGGUCUAGAGCCAGACCUCGAGGCAAAGGAGCUCUGGAGAAAGGCUGGUGUUCCGGAAGACCACAUCCUACCGGGAGAUAUGAAAGACAACUUCUGGGAAAUGGGCGACCAGGGCCCAUGUGGACCCUGCAGCGAGAUCCAUUUCGACCGCAUUGGCAACCGGAAUGCCGCACAUCUCGUCAACCAGGACGAUCCAAAUGUCAUCGAGGUGUGGAACAACGUGUUCAUCCAGUACAACCGUGAAGCGGACCGUUCUUUGCGGCCGCUGCCGAACAAACACGUGGAUACGGGCAUGGGCUUUGAACGCCUUGUUUCGAUUCUUCAGGAAAAGUCGUCAAACUACGACACUGAUGUCUUCACGCCGCUGUUCCAAAAAAUCCAAGAAAUCACCGGUGCUCGUGAAUACCAGGGCCGGUUCGGUUCCGACGAUGCCGACGGCAUUGACACUGCUUACCGCGUUAUCGCAGACCAUGUCAGGACUCUUACUUUUGCAAUCUCAGAUGGCGCCUACCCCAACAACGAAGGCCGAGGCUAUGUUGUUCGGAGAGUGCUCAGGAGAGGUGCUCGGUUCGCUCGCAAAUAUUUCAACGUCGAAAUAGGCAGCUUUUUCUCGAAAAUCGUCCCGACGCUCGUGGAUCAAAUGGGUGGCAUGUUCCCAGAAAUUACGAAAAAGCAGAGCGAAGUCAUGGAGACUCUCGACGAAGAGGAGUUGUCCUUCUCGAAAACCCUCGACCGUGGCGAGAAGCAGUUUGAAAACUACGCCCAGCAGGCCAAGUCUCAAGGACUGGACAAGCUGCACGGUGCAGAUGUUUGGAGGCUGUACGAUACUUUCGGCUUCCCGGCCGACCUGACCCAGAUCAUGGCUGAAGAGCGAGGUCUGCGUAUCGACGAUGCUGAGUUUGAAGCAGCCAAACAAAAGGCGAAAGAGGCCAGCAAGGGAAAGAAAGAAGCUGCAGCCGAGACUGUUAAACUUGACGUCCAUGAUCUUGGAAAGUUGGAAAAGAUGAACGAUGUUCCCAAGACAGAUGACUCUGCCAAAUUCGACACCAUCCAAAUUAGCUCUGUGAUCAAGGCUAUCUACCAUGGCAAGAACUUUGUCGAAUCGACAACGGAUUUGCCAGAGGGAGAGACGAUUGGUAUCAUCCUGGAUCGCACCAGUUUCUACGCCGAACAAGGUGGACAAGAGAACGACACUGGUAGGAUCAUCAUCGACGGUAAAGCAGAAAUGGGCGUUGAAGAUGUCCAGUCUUAUGGCGGCUACGUUCUCCACACCGGCUUUAUGAAGUAUGGCUCGUUUAGCGUUGGUGAAACGAUCAUAUGCGAGUACGACGAGCUCCGCAGGCGGCCCAUAAGGAAUAACCACACUGGUACGCAUAUAUUGAACUUUGCCCUAAAGGAGGUUCUAGGGGAUGGCAUCGACCAGAAAGGAUCUCUCGUUGCAGCUGAAAAGUUGCGAUUCGAUUUCUCGCACAAGGCCGCUGUUUCAGACAAAGAACUUGAUGCGAUUGAGAAGAAAUGCACCGAAUACAUCCGACAGAACUGUGCAGUAUACUCCAAAGAAGUGCCCCUGUCGACUGCAAGGGAAAUCUCGGGAGUUCGUGCAGUGUUUGGCGAGACAUACCCUGACCCUGUACGAGUGGUGUCUGUUGGAGUAGAGGUUGAGGAAAUUCUGAAGAAUGUCAAAGACCCUCAAUGGAACCAAGUGAGUAUCGAAUUCUGCGGUGGCACCCAUGUAUCAAAGACGGGUGAUAUCCGGGAUCUUAUCAUUCUGGAAGAGUCGGGAAUUGCCAAGGGUAUUCGACGGAUUAUUGCCAUCACGGGAGAAGCAGCGCACGAAGCACAACGGAUAGCGGUGGAAUUCGAAGGACGGCUGGAGCACUUGCGAAAAAUGGACCGCGGUUCUGCGAAGGAACUCGAAAUGAAGCAAGUCCAAGUAGAACUGAACCAAUUGGCUGUGUCUGCAGUGCAAAAGGCCAAAUACCGGGAUUUGUUUGCCCGUAUCAACAAGGAGGUGUUGGACGACCAAAAGGCCCAGCAGAAGCUGGAGGUGAAAAAGGCCCUCGACAGUAUCAAAUCGUAUUUUGAUGCUGAAGAGAACCGUGGACGCUCGACAUUUGUUGCCCGACUUCCAGAAUCGACGAACGCCAAGGUGUUGAGCGAGGCUAUCAACUUUGUCAAGUCCAAGAUGACGGACAAGACGGUGUACUUGUUUGUGCCAGAUCCCAGCCAAGGCAGAGUUGCUCAUGGCUGCCAUGUUUCCAAGGCUGCCAGCGAACUCGGUGCGUCGUCCAGCGACUGGGCAGGCGUAGUUUCCGGCGCUGUUGGUGGGAAGGCCGGUGGGAAGGCUCCUACAGCUAUCGGCAGUGGGACGAAUGUGGACAAGGUCGACGACGCAGUUGCAUUAGCCACUGAAUACUUGCAGAAAUUUCAUAUCUAG